GAGAGAGAGAGGAGAGGGAGAGGUGAGGGGGAAGGGCAAUGGGGAUUCAGGGGCUUCUUCCUCAGCUGAGGUCGAUCAUGGCGCCGAUCCACGUGAAGGAGAUGAGGGGGCAGAGUGUUGCGGUGGACACCUACUCGUGGCUCCACAAGGGCGCCCUCUCCUGCGCCUCCAACCUCUGCAAGAGCCUCCCCACCUCCAGGCAUAUCGACUACUGCAUGCAUAGAGUAAAUUUAUUACGUCAUUAUGGUGUCAAACCCAUUCUUAUAUUUGAUGGAGGGCUUCUACCAAUCAAGAUCGAUCAAGAGACAAAGCGUGCAAGAGUGAGAAAGGAAAAUCUUGAGCGUGCUAUGGAACACGAAGCUGCUGGCAAUUCAGCUGCUGCCUUUGAGUGCUACCAGAAAGCUGUAGAUAUUACACCUUCAAUUGCAUUUCAAUUAAUCCAGGUAUUGAAGCAGGAAAAAGUUGACUAUAUUGUGGCACCUUAUGAGGCUGAUGCACAAAUGACAUUCUUGUCCAUAAACAAGCUAGUUGAUGCAGUAAUUACUGAGGACUCUGAUUUAAUACCAUUUGGCUGUUCUAGAAUUAUCUUCAAGAUGGACAAAUUUGGGCAGGGAGUUGAAUUCCGGAGUUCAAAGUUAGGGCAAAAUAAGGAGCUUGACUUUGCUGGAUUCAGUAAACAAAUGGUGCUUCAGAUGUGUAUUCUUAGCGGCUGCGAUUACCUACAGUCAUUGCCUGGCAUGGGCUUAAAAAGAGCUCAUGCACUCAUCCAAAAGCUUAAGAGCUGUGAUAAAGUAAUCAAGCACCUGAGGUAUGGUGGCAUAUAUGUCCCACCUCUUUAUGAAGAAAAUUUCAAGAAAGCAAUUCAAGCAUUUCAGCAUCAAAGAGUCUAUGAUCCUGCAAAAGAUGACAUAGUGCAUCUAUCCGACAUUCCUCACGACAUUGGUGAAGAUUUGGAUUUUCUGGGCCCAUGGUUGCCACAAGAUGUAGUCAAAGGCAUAGCUGAAGGUUAUAUUGAUCCAUUUUCAAAGAUGCCAUUUGAGGAGAAUGUAACGGGAACUGCAUCAGUUGUUGAUCAAAAUUGCUCAGCUAGAGAGUUCAGUAUUGCAGGCGGAGGAAAAAGGCCAAGUUUGCCUGUGCAGAAAAAUGUGUUAACAAAUUACUUCUGCCUAGCGUCAACCGAAGCACGGCGGAAAUUCAGAGCCCCAAAAAUCAUGCCUAAGCAAUCAACUACAAUAGAAUCGUCUUCGCUUAGCUCUGAAAAUGAAGAAUCUGAUUCACCUGUCUCAGCUGAAGAUAAUGUUACCAUUCCUUCACAGGAUUUAACAAUGGAGGCUGAAAUUUCUUUUGAAGGGAGGAAUCACGUUGGACCAAACUUAGACGGGCGAGUGCAUGAAUUUUCAAAACCAUUUUUAGCAUCACUUAAAGCAAUCCCCAAUUCCUUAACGUUCAAAGGCCUAGCAUCGCUUGAAAUGAGGCGGAAAUUCAGAGCCCCCAACAUCAUGCCUAAGGAAUCAGCUACAGAUGAACCGCCAUUGUGUAGCUCUGGAAAUGAAGACUCCGAUUCACCUGGUUCAACUAAAGAUGAUGUUACUGUUCCUAUGGACACAAAACAAGAUUUCUUGCUCAGUGCAGGAGAUGGUGCUAUCGCUCUUCCUUCACAGGAUUGUGUUAGCAUUGAUUUGGAAAUGGAAGCUAAGUUUUCUGAUGAAAGGAAUCUACUUGGAUUAAACAUGGAUGGACAGGAGCAUCAAAUUUCUAAACCAUUUCUAGCAUCACAUAAGGAAAACGACAGCUCUGCAAAAGAUAGUAAAGAAAGCAAUGAGAUUUCAACAGAUAGAAAAGUCAUUGUAAGAAGCGCGUACUUCAAGCAUAAGUUAUCAGAUGAGAAUGAUCAGGAAAAUCCAAGUGAAGGGCCCUUAAAAAAAAGAGAGAACAGUUAUGUCGAUGGCGAUUUCCCUAUGUCGAGAGAUGCCCCUAUGGGGAAUAUCCCCCAUAGAAGUAUCAUCAAAAAGAGAAAACUGGGUGAUGUUCGUAAGAUACCUACUGAAACUAGACAGUUGAAGAGUAUGCAGAAAAGGUCAGCCAUUUGUGUGGAAGGAUAG